AUGGCCAGAGGUAAUCAGCGUGACAAGGCUCGUGAAGCCGAACUGAAAAGAAAGCUUAAUGGGCCUAGACAAGGCAAUUCCAAGACCGGCUCUGAGAUGCAGCGCGAAAAUGAAAGCAAUGCUGAGAAGAUGAGGAAGAAGCAAGCUGACGCCGAUGCAAAGAAAAUCGCCGGCGGCGGCGCUGCUGGUGCACCCAAGAAGAAAUAG